AUGAAGCCCCCGCUGCGGAUAGCUAUUCUGGAGGCUGACACCCCCCCGGAUGACAUUGUCGCAAGAUACGGGAAAUAUGGCAAGGUCUUCCGCACCCUGCUUGAGACGGCAGCGGACGAGCUAGGCGAGCCGGGGUUCUCAAAAGACAGCCUGGAGUUGAGCGCAUAUGAUGUAGUGACUGAGCAGAAGUAUCCUGAGCUCGACAGUAUUGAUGCGGUCUUGAUUAGCGGAUCUAAGCACAACUCCUUCGACAACGACCCUUGGAUCUUGAAACUUGUCGAGUUCACCGAGAAGUUGCUUAAACAAGAUCGCGUUCGGAUUAUUGGCGUGUGCUUUGGCCACCAGAUCAUUGGACGAGCGGCAGGAGUCAAGGUCGGACGAAGUGAGGGGGGAUGGGAGGUUUCAGUUUUGCCAGUCGAGUUGACCGAAAAGGGCAAAGAAAUCUUCAAGCAGGACACUCUUAGCAUCCACCAAAUGCACCGGGACGUGGUCUUCGAAUACCCAGAAGGCGUCGAGCCCCUUGGCGGAUCUCCUAGAUGUCUUGUGCAAGGCAUGUACAGGAAAGGGAGAUUCAUUUCUGUCCAAGGACACCCUGAAUUCACCGAGGCCAUCGUGAGCUAUCUUGUCACCAUGCGCAACAAGCAAGGCAUUUUCAACACGGAAGAGGCAAAGGACGCGCUGGACAGAGUCGGGCACCACCACGACGGAGUUCCGAUUGCGAAGGCGUUUCUCAGAUUCUUGCUUGAAGACUAG